CAUCUGCUGGACAUGUUGAGAAUAAUCGAGAAAAGUCAUCUUUUUCCUAAAUAUUUUCAAACAAAAUUUGCAGCAUAAAGUUAAACAAAAAUGAGAUGAGCUGCUUUAUUUGUAAAGCAAAAAAGGCGUGAAUCCGACACAAAAAGCGACUAAUCAUUUUUUUCGUUGUAUUUUUCUUAAUUCAAAGGAUUUUAAAACAUUUUAGUGAGGUUUGAGUUGAAAAAAAUCACUUUUAUUGACAAUACAGUUGAUUCGUUUAACAUCUUGGAUUUUACGCGUUAAGGGUUGAGGCAGCUGAGCGCACAGGUGUCUGAGUCUUUUCUGAAACUGGUGCAGACCCCCUCCCUCUAAGUUUUUUAAUUAAGUUGAUCAUGACUGUAACUCAGCUGGGAUUCGCUGCCCGAAGAGACAGGUCACUGUAAUUCAUGUAGCCAGACCUGGAGGGGGUUUGCGCUCCGCAGCGCCAAACUCUUCUUAACCUGGAGAGCUCCACAGAACGCACACUCGCGCUUUUUCUUCUCAUCCAAGUUGCGGAUCCUGCGCGGAACACUUUGAAGGAUUUCUUCUGUAAACUUUAACAUCGUGCCAAAACCCCUCUGGAUAUAAUAUUUUUAUUGGGGGGAGGGGAAAUUUCGGGUCUUUGCCGAAAUGUGGUGGAUGCUGUUCCCCCGGUGGAUCUGGUUCCUUGUUGGACAGUGUUACACUGUACUCCUGUGCAUGAGCAGCUGCCGCGUGAGAGCCUUACCCAUGAUGUCGGUGGCGAAGGUGGUGUACUCUCAUGCAGGGAUGUGCCCCAACGACCUGAACCCAAACCUGUGGGUGGAUGCCAUGAGCACGUGCAUGCGCGAGUGCGAGGCUGACCAGGACUGUGAGACGUUUGAGAAGUGCUGCCCUAAUGUGUGUGGUAACAAAAGCUGCGUGGCUGCUCGCUACAUAGACAUCAAGGGCAACAAGGGCCCCAUUGGAAUGCCAAAGGGUGCAACCUGUGACAAGUUCAUGUGCAGCCAGCAAGGCUCGGAGUGUGACAUCUGGGAUGGGCAACCUGUUUGUAAGUGCCGAGACCGCUGCGAGCGGGAGCCCCACUUCACCUGUGCCUCUGAUGGCAUGACUUAUUAUAACAAAUGCUACAUGGACGCAGAGGCCUGUUCCAAGGGUAUCUCAAUCUCUGAGGUCACCUGCAGGUAUCACUUGACUUGGCCACACACCAGUCCAAUGCCGAUGGAGACCACUUUACGACCCACGACUGCCCUCCAGACCACUCUACCAACUGACAUCCAGCUCCCUACCAUACACAACGGGCCCACCAGACAGACGGUUUUUGUAGGCGAGACGGCGAGCUUCCUGUGCGAGGUGUCUGGGAAGCCCCAACCGGAAAUCACCUGGGAAAAGCAGCUGAAGGGCAAAGAUAACAUCAUAAUGAAGCCCAAUCACGUCCAGGGGAAUGUUGUGGUCACCAACAUCGGGCAGUUGGUUAUAUACAAUGCCCAGAUUCAGGACGCUGGAAUCUACACCUGCACAGCCAAAAACGUCGGUGGCAGCAUGUCAUCACACUUUCCUCUGAUGGUGGUUAAAAGAGACUCAAAGGGCAAACAUGCAGAGGGGACAAACACCAGCCUGCCUUUCCCGGCUGCAGAGUGCCUGAAGAGUCCGGACAUCGACGACUGCGGAGAGGAGAGCAUCAGCUGGUACUAUGAACCCAAGAGGAACAACUGCUUCACUUUCACGUACAGCCAGUGCAACAAAAACCAAAACCAUUUCGACACAUAUGAAGCCUGCAUGCUGGCGUGUGGAGGAGAGCUGGCGGCGCCCUGUAGCCUCCCCAGCCUCCAGGGGCCCUGCAAGGCCUACGAGCCCCGCUGGGCGUACAGCAGCAUCCUCAAGAAGUGCCAAUCCUUCGUGUAUGGCGGCUGCGGCGGCAACGAGAACAACUUUGAGUCCAAGGAGGCCUGCGAACAGAUGUGCCCGUUCCCGAAGAACCACAACUGCAAGACGUGCAAACCUCGAGGCAAGAUGGUCGCCAGCUUCUGCAAGAGUGACUUCGUCAUCCUGGGGCGUGUUACGGAGCUAACGGAGGAACAGGAGUCUGGACACGCUCUGGUGACCGUGGAGGAGAUCCUAAAGGACGAGAAGAUGGGACUCAGGUUCUUUGGCAAGGAGCCGCUGGAGGUGACCCUCCUGAACAUGGACUGGAACUGCCCCUGCCCCAACGUCACGGUAACGGACGGGCAGCUGAUCAUCAUGGGGGACGUGCACAACGGCAUGGCCGUCCUCCAGCCUGACAGCUUCGUUGGUUCCUCCAGUACUCGCAGGAUCAGGAAGCUGCGGGAGGUGAUCCAGAAGAAAACCUGCGACUUCCUUAAAGAUUUCUCCUCAGUCCAGUAAACUCAUAAAAGUCCGACCCUGUGACCUCACACAUCUCAGAAAAACAUUUUCUCAAACCCUAUUUACCCCUAAAGGCCUCAUAUGUUCACAAAUAGAUAUUGAUAAUAACUUAGAUGUAUAUUUUAGUAGUGUUAGGUUGUUUACUAUCAUGUAUUUGUUGUCCUGAGCAGCUGCGCUCACAGUAAUGCCAUACGAAGCCUCAGAAUCAAAUAAGCUCCUUGGUUCUACUUUUUGUGGAAUCUUUUUUCAUUUAAAGGACUAAAUAUGUUAUGUUGACUGGUUCAUAUUUAUUUUUACUUGAUUUAUCAUUUUUAUUUUUAGGAUAAAGGUAGUUAAAUCGAAUUCAUACACUUUUUUAAUGCCUUUUUCUUUUUGCCUUAUAUAUAAAUUGAUAAAUAAAGACGAUCAGAAAUGUU